UAGCAGACCCUUCCGGAGAAGAACAAAUAUCUGGACCAUCUCAAUCUUCAUUUCUGUGGUUACGUAAAGCUAGCAAAGGCGCGAAGAUGUCCAAGAAGAUCCAGGCCGGCUCCGUGGUGGAGAUGCAGGGGGACGAGAUGACCAGGGUGAUCUGGGAGCUAAUCAAAGAGAAACUCGUCUUUCCCUAUCUAGAGCUGGACCUGCACAGCUAUGACCUGGGCAUGGAGAACCGCGAUGCCACGGACGACUGCGUGACAGUGGAGGCGGCGGAGGCGGUGCGGCGCUACAACGUGGGCAUCAAGUGCGCCACCAUCACGCCGGACGAGAAGCGGGUGGAGGAGUUCGGGCUGAAGCAGAUGUGGAAGUCCCCCAACGGCACCAUCCGCAACAUUCUGGGCGGCACCGUGUUCCGCGAGGCCAUCAUCUGCAAGAACAUCCCCCGCCUGGUGCCCGGCUGGGUCAAGCCCAUCAUCAUCGGCCGCCACGCCCACGGCGACCAGUACAAAGCCACAGACUUUGUGGUACCCGGGCCAGGGAGGGUAGAAAUGACGUACACACCCAAGGGUGGAGAGCCUGUCACAUAUGUUGUCCAUGACUUUGAAGGCACCGGUGGCGUGGCCCUGGGUAUGUACAACACCGACAAGUCCAUCCGGGACUUCGCCCACAGCUCCUUCCAGAUGGGCCUGAGUAAGGGCUGGCCCCUCUACCUCAGCACCAAGAACACCAUCCUCAAGAAGUAUGAUGGCCGAUUUAAGGACAUCUUCCAGGAGAUCUACGAAAAGGAAUACCAGGCCCAGUUUGAGGCCAAGGGCAUCUGGUAUGAGCACAGACUGAUCGACGACAUGGUGGCCCAGGCCAUGAAGUCCGAGGGCGGCUUUAUCUGGGCCUGCAAGAACUACGACGGGGACGUGCAGUCCGAUUCUGUGGCCCAGGGGUACGGCUCUCUGGGCAUGAUGACCAGUGUCCUGGUGUGUCCUGACGGCCGGACAGUAGAGGCUGAGGCUGCCCACGGCACAGUGACCCGGCAUUACCGCCAGCACCAACAGGGAAAAGAGACCUCCACCAACCCCAUCGCCUCCAUCUUUGCGUGGACGCGGGGACUAGCCCACCGGGCGGAGCUGGAUAAGAACGCCGAGCUGCGCGUGUUCGCCCAGGCGCUCGAGGCGGUCUGCAUCGAGACAAUCGAGGCGGGCUUCAUGACCAAGGACCUGGCCGCCUGCAUCAAGGGCCUGCCAAAUGUCCAACGCUCGGAUUACCUGAACACCUUUGAGUUCUUGGACAAGCUGGCUGAGAACCUGAAGAUCAAGCUGUCCAGCCAGCCCAAGCUGUGACUCCUGCCUCCUGCCUCACUCUCUCACACGCACCCAUGAAGGAGCUCUCACCCGCAGCAGAAUUUAAGCAUUCGGCUUGACAUCGGACCACAGCGGACCAGAUCCGUCCAGAACCAGAACCUCGCAGAGAUACCCCAGUCAGACUCCUCGCUCCCCCUAGGCCAGUGCAUGUGCUGUAGGGUGCGGGGGAUGUGGGGGACAGGGGUUUGGGCUCUGUAAGGAUGUUGUAAUGGCUCAGUCACUCAGUUGAAAGUAUCAAUUACUACCUGCAAGUUCCAGAACAGCCUAACAAUCCCACUUGCUCUGGUUUUCGCUGGCUCCCCUUGUUACCGAUGUGUCUUCAGUGUGGUGGGGGAGCAGCAGUGUGGGAGAAUCCUGACGGCGUUUGGGAGGGUCUCUGGACUCUCUCUGUGGUACCCUGCCUUAUGUGUUUUGUGCAAAUCAGUCUCAUAUGUAGCCGUCUACCUCCAGCUCAGAGGAGGACUUCUUGUGUACUCUGAAACCAGGGGAUUUACCAGUGUUUACAAUAACAGUUGAUAUGGACGUUUUAUUGUCCUUUUUUAUACGGGUUAAAACUAUGAACGAUGUAUGCAAAGGUGAGAUACAUGUCGCUGCUGCUGGGUCAAGUCUAGUAACACUGUCCCCACGUACAUUAGACAGUUCAACAUUCCUUCA